AUGAUGGAACUAGGAGUAAACACCAGUGGGGUUGAUGUAAACGGCAACUGUGAGAUCCAUGACGGCAUCCUGUCUCCUGCCUUACCCAUUCUCUACUCAAUAAUCUGCUUCUUCGGCCUGGUCAGCAACACCAUGACCAUAUUUGUGUUCUUCCUGAGGAAGCACUCCGACUCGUCCAUGGCUGUGUACAUGAGACACCUGGCCAUAGCUGACUUCCUGUUGGUGCUGUGUCUGCCUAUGCGGGUCUAUUACCACAACAGCCAGGGCCCCUUCUACAUCUGCAAGGUGCUGGGCAUCUUCUUCUACGUCAACAUGUAUGCCAGCAUCCUGUUCCUCAGCCUGAUCAGUCUGGAUCGCUACCUGAAGAUCAUCAAGCCUGUGUGGGUCCUGAGAAUCCACAGGGUGCGGUGGAGCCACCGGGCGUCCUUCUCGGUUUGGGCAAGCCUGGUCCUGGGCAUGUCUCUGUUCUUCCUCAGGAAUGACAGGCAGCAACCCUGUGACAUGAUCUGCUUCCACUUCCACCAUAAAGGUCUCCUGGGGGGCCUGGCCAACCUCACCAUGGUGGCCUUCUUCUGUGCCACCUUCAUCCUCGUCCUCUGCUUCUACGCCAGCAUAACCACCAAGGUGAGGACCAUGUCCUUAGGGAACCAGGACCCCAAGGCCCAGCGGAGGAAGAGCAGGGUGGUCCGGAAGACUUUUGUGGUGCCGGUGAUCUUCACACUGUGCUUCCUGCCAUACCACCUGGUGCGAGUGCCCUACGUGCUGGCCCAAAUGGAUCUGAUUCAGGCCCUGGACAGUAAGCAGAUUCUUCACAUCCUCAAUGAGCUCACUCUGCUCCUGUCUUCCCUCAACAGCUGUCUGGACCCCAUAAUCUACUACUUCCUGUCCUGCACCUAUAGGAGGACCAUCCUCUGUGCCCUGCAAGGACAGUUCAAGACCAUGUAUGCUGUUACCAGUAGACACAUCAUUAUUAAUCAAUCUAUUACAGAGAUAUAG